UAUAUAUAUAUGUAUGUAUGUAUGUAUGUAUGAAUAUAUAGACACACACACACACACACACAGCAGAUGGGGAUGCGGAUGGGGAUGCUGUCAGCCGAGGGAGCAAGGUUCACCGGCAAACGCCGGUAAACUUACCCUGGAGUGACCGGAAGAAAUUAAGAGCCAUAAUUUAGGGCAGAGAGAGAGAGAGAGAAAGAUUAAUUGUAUAGUGGGUGUAGAUGGAUGGAAUGGAAGGAUUUGGGGAUGGAGUAAAUUAAAGAGGCUUGUGGUUUUUUUUUUUUUUUUUUUGGUUGGGGGGGUGGGGGGUGUUGGGGGGCUGGGUAAUUCUUGUCCACACCCUUCUUCUGUCAUCUCCUUCUUAUCUAGUUCUUUCUUAUUCACUUCUCAUCAUCGGAUCAUUCAUAACCCUGCCCGCCCUUUGGAGUUGGAUUUGUUUCUUUAUGUAUAUAUAUAUUUAAUCCCACCACAUAAAAACCUUUAAUUUCUUACUAUUUUCGUAGCUAUAUAUGUAAAAUCCGGCCUUGCGGCUGUGGGUUGCGGCGGAUGUAGAUCUUUGUCGGCGUGGAGAGAGAGAGAGAGAGGAUGGAAUUUGAGGAGCAUGAAGAGCAAGAAGAGGAAAUCGCAAUUCAGGAGCCGGCGAAUUACGAGGUGGGAAACUCCGGCAGGCCCAAAUCGCCAGGGGGGAGGAAGGUCGGCGGCGGCGGAGGUUAUAGGUACAGGGAGUGUUUGAAGAACCACGCGGUGGGGAUCGGAGGGCACGCGGUGGACGGAUGCGGCGAGUUCAUGCCGGCCGGGGAGGAGGGGACGCUGGACGCUCUCAAGUGCGCGGCGUGCAAUUGCCACCGGAACUUCCACCGGAAGGAGGGGGAAGGUUUCCACCACCCCCACCCCCACCACCACCACCAAUUCGCAGCGGCGUACUACCCCGCGGCCCAUCCGGCUGGGUACCUCCAGGUGGCGCCGACUCAGCAGCAUCGGCCGCUAGCGCUGCCGUCAACCUCGAGAGAGGACGAAGAUGUGUCAAAUCCAAGCAGCAGCGGCGGAGUUGGCGGAGCCAAGAAGCGGUUCCGGACCAAGUUCACCCAGGAGCAGAAGGACAAGAUGCUGGAUUUAGCCGAGCGGCUCGGGUGGCGCAUCCAGAAGCACGACGAAGCCGCCGUGCAGCAGUUCUGCGCCGAAACAGGCGUGAAGCGGCAAGUUCUCAAGGUCUGGAUGCACAAUAACAAGCAUACUCUCGGUAAAAAGCCCUAGUCUUUCUUUCUUGUCCCUCUGAGAUAUAGGCAUCAUCGGCAUUACCAACUUCCGCAAAACGCUCGAAAGGAUGCCGAAGAAGAAGAUGGAAAAUUGACUUGAAACUGUCAUGAAAUCGCUAGAUUUUAUUAGGGUUCUUAACCUGUCUUGUAGUGACUUUUCUCCCUUUCGAUCUGGUUUUGAUCUGAAGAAUUUAAUUUUAUCUUCCUGUUUCUCCUUU